AUUCCGCAUUAUAGGAAAGGUUCACAGCUUGAUGGUGCUGUGUGCCGUUGCAAAUGGAUACGUUAAAUAUUUCUUCUAGCUAUUAGGAACUCGGGAGCACCGUAGUAUUUACUGUAAAGACAUAUUUUUGUUAGAAAAGUUUCUAUUAUAUACCUCUGGGCAGGAUACUAUUACAAUCGUGUUUAUGGAGGUGGUUUUUUGUCGUUCCCUAGCGCUCGAACAAGAUCGAAGAAAGAUUGAUGUGUUGUUCUUAGUGCCUACAAGAGCUCGGGACUGGCCUCUCCUCUUGGUUGGUUUGUUUCGCUACUUUCUGCAUCCGGGAUCCGUUCUUUCCGCAAGCACACAUAUAAUCUUCUGUGAAAUCCCAUUAAGUUUUUUACUAUUCCUGGCCGGAGCGAGGCUUGAACUACUACAGAAAGCUUCCGGCGUUCUAUCUUGCUAAAGAUUCCUAGGAAUUCGAAACUAGAACAAUAAUGGCUAAUAAGAUGGUCGGGAAGGGUAAAUUGCCCGUGGAAUCAGAAGAUGCCCAGAAACUGCGCUUCCAAGUUGAACUCGAGUUUGUACAGUGUUUGGCGAAUCCUAACUACCUGCAUUUUCUUGCUCAGCGUGGCUUCUUCAAAGAUACCUCCUUCAUCAACUACCUGAAGUAUCUGCUCUACUGGAAGGAUCCCGAGUACUCCAAAUACCUCAAGUAUCCGAUGUGUCUGUAUUUUCUGGAUCUGCUGCAGUACGAACAUUUCCGGCGGGAAAUUGUGAACGCACAGUGCUGCAAGUUUAUCGAUGAUCAAACGAUUCUUCUGUGGCAGCAUUACACCCGAAGGCGUACCCGGCUGACGUCGCUGGGUACGACCAGUCUAACUGGGCUUGCCGUGGGAGGACAACCGGUUGGUGGCGGUGUCCAGGGUACACUGCUCUCGAACGACCCCGUUCCGUUGACGGUCAACAAUAACAAUAACAACACCAAUAGCACGAAUGCCAACAACAUCCAGCUGCAACCAGUGCAGCAGCAAAACGGAGGCACCAUGGCUCAACAAAAUGGGCUCCCCAAUAAUACCGGUAUGCCAGGAGUGGUGUUGGGAGCCGCUAGUGGCGGUGGCAGUGUCAAUCUCAGUGGGCAGAAGGUUUCCUAAGUGGAGUGUCCAAAGCGAGCCAGACUUUCGAAAUAUUGCAAGUUUCGGAACGUUAAAGUUUUCUUGUGUAAAAAGACUGUUUUAUAAUUCUUAUAAUAAAAUAUGAUAGCGCUUGAAA